AUGAGGCGCUCGAAGUCUCCAAGGUUGUCUCUUUGCUCUGUCUCCGAAAAAAUUCUCGUUUCAACGGUAACUUGGAAUUAUUUUCAAAAUCCUUCCAUCAAAAACCCAAAAAGAACCAACUCUCUGUUUUUUUUUUCCUCCGACAAUCGCCAGAAGCGACAAAGACAAGAGCGAUUCCGAGCAGAAGCUUCCGCUUUUAAAUUCUUCGGUUUCAAUGGAGAGAAUCCACACGACGGCGACGAGGAAGCUGAAAUGGCAAGCAGUGCCGUCGACGCCGAGGAUCCUUCAUCUUCCACGUCGGUUUACUGUUCGUCAAAAUUCUCCAAAGACGAAGACGCCGUUACCCUCGUCUCAGAAGGAUGAGCGACAGAGACUGGAGGUUCUGUUCGAGCAGGAGAGGUCGUUUGAUCGCAGGAGACCUCCGCCGGCGAUCGUUGUGGUGAAUGAUGCGCCGGAGGGGAGGGCAAGGGGUGGUGGGUUUCCAGCGGCGGAGGCGGAGGCGGCUAAGUGGAGGUUUCAGGCGGAGAUGUUGAGAGCAGAGUGUAAUUUGCUGAGGAUGGAGAAGGAGAUUGCGGUGAAGAAGAUGGAGAGGAGGAGGGAGAAGAUGGAGAAGACGCUGAGAUGGGCUGUUCAUAGUCUUCUCUUCGGAAAGCAGGAAAUUUCAGAAGGGAAGAAUGCGAACAAGGUUCUGGAGCAGGAGAUAAACUACCUAGUUGGGAAACUGCACGAGUUAUCGAAACCCCCAAAGAUUAAGGAGACGAUGGAGGGUAGAGCCUGCAGACAUAAUUUCGAUGAACAAGCUUCUGUUUUGAGGAGAAGACUGGAGAAACUCGACGAGGUUUCGGAAGAGAUGUGCGUAAAAGAGAUUCGGGAAAUGGCAGAAGCGAGCUUCUCUGUUCAUCCCACUCCUCCAGUUGACCACCAUUUUCUUCCAACCAUUAACGUCAAUGAGGGAGAUAAUAAAGGAUGUUCGAGACAUUGCCAAGCAAUCGUGAGGAGGAUCGCGGAGGAAAUAAGGGCCGAGGCAGAGCAAUGGUCUCAGAUGCAAGAGAUGUUAGGACAAGUGCGAGAAAUGAUGGACGAACUUCAGGCUUCUCGAGAUUUCUGGCAAGAUCGUGCCCUCGUUUCCGACUCUCAGAUUCAAAAACUACGUUCCACGGCUCAAGAAUGGAGGAAAAGGGCGACCUGUUCCGAGGCAAAGGCGAAAUGUCUCGAAGAAGAGGUUCGAUCUUUACGUGGUGAGCUCGAAAGAACGAGGAGAGAUCACAGCACCUCAGGAAUAGAGAUCGAUAGAUUGCCGUCUGAAACAGAGAAGAGGGUUUUGAUUUGUCGAUUGAAGGAAAACCGACAUACCGACUACGACGAUAAUCGGUCCAAAUACGAAUCGAUUCAUAGAGCAGGAGGAGACGGAGGAGGAAGAAGAAGAACAAGAACAGAGACUUCUUCACGUUCAAGAAUGCCCCUUCGAGAUAUCAGAAACCGUUCUUAGUUCACCAAGAGCUGUCUUGUAACAGAAUACAUAAACUGCCAUUAUGACAUUUCGUGAUAUA